GAGAGAGAGAGAGGAAAGGUUGAUUGCACCUUCGCUCUUAUACACACUCCUCCCCGUACUGCAUAUCACAUCUCAGGACAGAUCCACGGGGCACAGCAGACACAGGAGUGACAGAGUACAGAGAGCGCAGGGGAGGGCAGAACGAGAUGGCUCCGAGAUAGUGACAGGCGGACAGGGAUCGCUGGCACUUCGGAUGAAAGAGGGGACACCCAGCUGAUAGGCGGCAGAGACUAAAAAAAGUGGUGGACAGGUGGAUAGGUGGUCCAGACAGACAGAAGAGGUAACAUAGGUGUCAACAAAAAAAAAACCUCAAAGACAGUUACAACUGAGAUAUGAGAAGAACCUUCUAAGACGCCAAAAAAAGCAAAAACGUUCCAAUCUCUCAACACUUGUGCCUCUCACAAGAGACAUGUCGGCUGCAGUGGAGGCGGUGGGGUUUUUCUUUGGGGUGUCGGGGACAGUUUUGCUGGGGAUCGCGCUCUUCAAUGCCAACUGGCGCGUGUCCACAGUCGACGGGAACGUCAUCACAACGUCCACGUUGUUUGAGAACCUCUGGCAAAACUGUGCCACGGAUUCCACCGGUGUCUACAACUGCCGAGACUUCCCCUCUAUGCUGGCUUUGUCAGGUUACCUACAAGCCUGUCGAGCCCUCAUGAUCUGCUCUCUCCUUUUCGGGUUUUUCGCGUGUCUCUCUGGGAUGCUGGGACUACAAUGCACGAAGGUCGCCGACGGGAACGUAGCGCUGAAAGCGAAACUCGCCACGGCUUCAGGGGCCAUGUCAAUAUUUGGAGGUAUCUGUGCUGGGAUCGCCGUUUCUUGGUACGCUUUCAAUAUCACUAAGGAAUUCUUCGACCCUCUUUACCCAGGAACCAAAUACGAGAUUGGGCCGGCUCUGUAUGUCGGCUGGACGGGAGCCCUUCUCGAUGUAGUUGGGGGUGCACUCCUCUGCUGCUCCAUUAAACAAGUCUCAAAGGCCAAAACUAAAUACCCGUAUAACUACCGCGCUACUCAGACGGCGUCCUCUGCCAAGCCCGGGCCCCAAGCUGCUCUCCCCCGAUAUGAAUCCAGUAACAGUAUUUGUAAAUACGGCAAAAACGCCUACGUUUAAAACAAGAAA